AUGCCGAUCUGCUUCAGCGUCCACAACUUGGCAGGCUACAAUGAUAAGUUCAAUACCGUGCUGUACAGGGAACCCAUACGAACGAGCAAAUCUCAUGCCAGCAAAUACAUCAUUUUCUUCCCAGGGGACUAUUCAAAUUUUUUCACCAACUCUAUAUACACUUCAUUUAAGUUGGAGUCGACAAACGAAUGUUCAGACUACUGUUACAGCUAUGAAGCCCUAUUCUGGGUCCUAUCCUCCAAAUAUCUGUAUGACCACUUAGUUUUUAUUAAGCCUAGCAUUUUUAUAAAUCACUUUUCCUCCUUUUCCAAUUUUUUAAAUCCAUCUGAUAUUUCGCUUAGCGGGCAUGAUUACAAUGUAACUGCGGCAGGGGGGCCACAUCACAUAAACGCAGGGGGAACAAAUCCCAACGAUGUGGUGGUGCCCGCCAAAAGUGUGAAGCAUUUGUUAUGCCUACUCUUAUCACUGGAUGAGCGGUUAUCAGGGGGAAAGGGGGGACACACCACGUCUGUUAGUGACACCUUGCGCGCUGAUUCUAAUGGAAAAAAGACUCACACAAGGGUGCAUGUGUGGAGUGACCAAACUGAUGGACCCCCACCGCUGAGCCUACUAAAACACAGACUCGUUUUGAUCGGAUUCAGCAGGGGGUGUUCAGUUCUGUUCGCUCUGAUGAGGGAGGCCAACGAGGGUCAGCUUCUCCUCUCUUACGUCGAUUCCAUGUACCUCCUAGACCCCGGAUUCAACAAAAAGAUAUACAACACCGAGAUGGAAAGCAGCUCUUUAGAGAAGGUCGCUCAAUGCGGAUUGAAAAUAUUCCUCCACUCCACGCCUCACCAGGUGACGAACAAAAACGACGUAAACAUCCACAGCGAACUGUUAAACUUUUUAAAGAAACUCAGGAAACAUGGGAUAAGUAUUUCCCCAUAUAUACACUACAUUAAGAAUGCCAAAUUGGUGAACCACCUAAAUCUGCAUUUUGAAAUCCUCGUGGAUUUUAUUGACGAUGUGUUGGAAGACCCCGACGUGUCUUCCUCCUUGUCCAGUUUUUGCAAGGAGGAGGGAAUCACCGUGUGUAGUAGCAAAACAUCUGCCAAAGAUUUCUUGUUUGAAAAUUGGAAGAGGAAUUAG